AUGAUGGGCUUGCGUCAGGCCGCGCGCGCCUGUCCGUUCUGCGAGGCGCGCUCCUUCCUAGGCCGGCCGCCGCAGCUCCAGCAGACGCGCCUCUAUGCCCAGAUACAACGCGACCGAGCAGCCCGCUACGAUGCUGCAGAGUCACGACGACGCUCCGGAGGGCCCUCGCGACGGAGACCCGAUGCACCUCGGCCAUCGCGCAUGGUCCUGUCAGACACAGUCGCACGCCCAACCCGCCCAUCGUCGGAUGGCAAGCCUUACAAGAAGAAGACGCGCGAACCCUUCUCCCACCUGAAUCGGACCAAAGCCACGGGGAUACUACACAAGAGGUUGGAUGUGGGGCAGGAGCAAAGACAAGAAAGGAGAACAUCAUCGACGUCUGAUCGUAGAGAGGGAGACAGGAGAUUCGACAAGAGACGGACCGGCAGCUCGGAUUCCUUCCAUGCGCUAAAGAUGCAAAAGUCGCUCCAAGAAGUACCCUACAAACUGAGGUCAGCCAUCAAACACAAGAUUGAGCAGGUGGAUUCGUUCGACGGUUUCCCGUUGAUGGAGAGUGUGCAGAAGGCCCUCAAGGACGCCCUGCCAGACCUGGAAUACCGUCAGCCCACCCCAGCGCAAGCCGUGGCUAUACCUGCUCUCCUGGGCCUACAAAAGCAACCACGCACGAGGAAUCCAUCCAAAAAGAGCGGCCCCGACUCUUACCUCUUGGCUGCAGAGACUGGCUCCGGAAAGACGUUGGCAUAUCUGCUUCCUGUCCUUGACGCCAUAAAGCGCGAAGAGGCUGCAGACAAGGAGGAUAUCGAGCGCAAAGCAGUAGAGGAUGCCGCCGCCAAAGCUGCCGACAAAACUCGCAGAGAUGAUAUUUUCGAUGCGGAAGAACCUGAUCUCAACAAAGCCGUCGACCCCGCCCGUCCUCGUGCCAUCAUCCUCGUCCCGUCAGCCGAGCUUGUUGCCCAAGUAGGUGCGGUCGCCAAAUCGCUAUCUCACGAGGUCAAAUUCCGUGCCGCGCCCAUAUCAGCAAAGAACACAGCGACCGUCAUCCGGAAUCGCCUCUUCAAUGAGAAUGGAGUGGAUCUCGUCAUCAGCACGCCGCCCCUCCUCGCCAGCAUCGCGGAGAGCAAUCCGAAUGUUCUGGCCCGGGUCACACACCUCAUCGUUGAUGAAGCCGACUCUCUCUUCGACCGCUCCUUCAAGCCGAGUACCACCGAAAUCUUGGAAAGGGCCACUCCGUCCCUAAAGAAGCUUAUGCUUUGUUCCGCGACCAUCCCGAAAUAUCUCGACAAGUAUCUAGCCGAGAAGUUCCCUGAUAUGCAGCGCUUAGUCACUCCCAAUCUUCAUGCUAUUCCUCGACGAGUCGCACUCGGUGUUGUCGAUGUUAACAAGGAACCUUACCGCGGCAACAAGAUGCUCGCUUGCGCCGAUACCAUCUGGCAAAUCGGCAAGGCCACCGCCGACUACGAUCCCGCGGAAGGCAAAGAAGCAGUACCCACGAAGCGCAUUCUUGUCUUUGUCAACGAGCGCGAUGAUACUGAUAAGGUAGCCGAGUACCUCACCAAAAAGGGCAUCGGUGCCAUGGCAUUCCACCGCGAUACUGAUCCGAACCGUCAAGCCAAGGCCCUCGCAUCCUUCACCGGUACGGAGAAGAUCAAGGAGCCCAAGGAGGGUGAAGUACGGAAGGAAGUUGCCAAUCCCAAUGCAAGCGGCACUAGCCGACAGUUGAAUAACACUAAAGUCAUCGUCACAACGGAUCUUGGCUCGCGAGGUAUUGACACCGUCUCCGUCCGACAUGUCAUCUUGUACGAUGUACCGCACACCACUAUUGAUUUUAUCCAUCGCCUGGGCAGGACCGGCCGCAUGGGCAGGAGAGGAAGAGGUAUCGUGCUCGUCGGUCCUGGUGAUCGAGCCGAUGUUGUGAAGGAGGUUAGAGAUGCCAUGUUCAGGGGUGAAGCCUUGAUCUAA